AUGGGGCAGAUUUUAUCAAAUCCAGUUAUUGAUAAAGAGCAAAGGCAUGGUAGUGAUGAAUUGACGGCAUUUGGUUUAUGUGCUAUGCAAGGUUGGAGGAUGUCAAUGGAAGAUGCUCAUAUUGUAGAUUUAAAUAUUAGUUUUGAAGGAUCUGAUGAUCGGGUUGCUUAUUACUGUGUAUUUGACGGACAUGGAGGAGCAUCAGUUGCUCAAUUUUGUGGAGAGCAUUUUUCUAGGAUUUUGCAGAAACAGGAGGAGUUUAAGCGGGAUAAUGGAUGUUUUUCCCGAGCUCUUAUUGCUUCAUUUAUUGCUGCUGAUGAGGAGUUAUUGAAGGACCCUGUACUUGCAAAUGAUCAUAGUGGAUGUACAGCAACUACGCUGCUGGUUUCUAAAAAGACUGGGCUGUUAGUUUGCGCGAAUUCGGGGGAUUCAAGAACGGUUUUGUCCACCAGCAAGUGGGCGAAGGCAUUGUCUUUUGAUCAUAAGCCUACCCUUAGAUCGGAGCAGUCACGUAUCGUGGCAGCGGAUGGAUUUGUUGAAAUGGACCGUGUUAACGGCAAUUUGGCGUUAUCACGUGCGAUAGGUGAUUUUGAGUUUAAGUCCAAUCCCAAUCUUACUCCACAUGAGCAAAUAGUGACAUGUGUUCCAGAUGUUUUGGAACAUCGCUUAAAUUAUGAAAACGACGAGUUUGCCAUUUUGGCUUGCGACGGUAUCUGGGACUGUUUAUCGAGCCAAGAAUGCGUGGACCUUGUUCAUUACGGUAUCCAGAAGGACAUGAGUUUGCAAGAUAUUGCUUCACGUAUAAUUGAUGUUUGUUGUUCUCCUACCACUGAAGGGACUGGAAUUGGUUGUGACAACAUGAGCAUCAUCAUAGUUGCACUUUUGAAGGAAAACGAGACAGAGGACGAGUGGCUAGCGAGAAUGAAGAGCAAAAAAUACGAAGGAUUGAUUUCGUUUGAAGCACAGAGGAGGAAGAUAUUCUCGUAUCACUUCGACUUCGUUACUGAAGAUGACGAUAACAUCUUUGACAUCUCUACAAAGAAAUUCGAAGAUCGGGCUAGGGCGAAUGGUGGCACUCCUUCAGGAAAUGUGUCCGAUUCAGCUGAGCCAGAAACCGGCGAUAGCGACGAAGGCAUUGCGGGUACUCCCACCAAUGAUAGGCAACAUUUGUACUCCUUGGAAGAGCUUAUUAACGCCGGCGGCAUUCAAAUCACACAAGGCGGCAAUAAUACCUCCUAUAUCCACGGUUCUGCGCUAUCAGAAGUACUAGCUUCGUUGGUAGGUGCGACGGGCGGUAUUAUCCCGCGGCCUAGCGGCGAACGGUCUGAAGAAGGUGAGAAACAAGAUGACAAAAAGUUGGAUGAGAUCCAGGAAUAA